UUACCCUUUAACCAUGGAACGAUAAAAACAACUCCACCGCUAAUCAUAAAACCAAACCGAAAAAGAAUAACUAAAGUGGCUUUGCUGCGCAUCGCCAAGGGAUUUCCCCGCAACAACCCAACCCAAAGCAACAACAACAACGGAAUGGAUCUGCUGUAGCUAAGGGGUGUGGUGGAACGAGCAUAGGGAACUUGCUCUCAUGGUAUCUGCCGUUCGCUUCAAGCCAACUCUCAUAUCAGUCCGGUUAGUGAAUUCAGCAAGACACGAAUUUAGUUUGUUCAAGUUGGCCCACAUCAAGGCCAGCAGUGCUGAGGUGUGGUGGAUUUUCGCGAAAAGACGCUUUUCCGCAGACGAGUGAAGUACACAACCACUCCCGAACGGGCCCACCGCCGUCAACCGAACUGAAGCAUCACGUCCCGGGAAUAUUCGCACUUCUCGCACCAACUACAACGGUUCCCAACUCUACCUCGUCCACGUCCACAGUGAUCGCAACAAUGAGAUUCAUUAUUCUUGUAAGCCUAUUUAUUCAACUGACAGUGGCACAGAUCAAACUCCAGACAUGCUUGGACAGCGAGCUCUGUAUCGAUCUGCGAGAAUGCCCCAUCUACAAAGAAUACGCCACCAUCGGCUUCCGGUAUUGGCCAGCGGAACUGAAGAAGAUGGCCAAAGAUAAGAUCUGCAAUCAGGAAAUGUCUUCCAGUAGUGGCCCUCAACAGAGAAUAAUCAGCGUAUGUUGUCCAACGGUAAUGAACAGUCGAAUAUGCGGAAUCCAAGCCGGCGAUCGAAUAUCCAAAGGCUUGGUGGCAAAACCGUUCGAGUAUCCUUGGAUGGCUCUGCUGCAAGAUCAAAAUGGACGGUUCGUUUGCGGAGGGACACUGAUCAGCAACAGAUACGUUCUGACGGCUGCUCACUGCGUCAAGUUCUCCGGAAUACAAACAGUUCGGCUCGGAGAGAACGAUAUUAAUUCAGAAGAGGACUGCAACGUUCUAGACGGUGAAGUGGAUUGCGCCCCUCCACCGCAAAACAUUAAGGUUGAUAAAACCAUAAUCCAUCCGGAGCACAGUGAACGAAGAAAGCUCAAUGACAUAGCUCUUCUUCGACUGGAACGUGACGCCGUAAUUGGGGAGAGUGUUCGACCGAUUUGUCUGCCCAAUCGAGACCAUCUUCAACGAGUUAUCGCCCCCUCGUUCCUCAUCGUUUCCGGCUGGGGUCUGACCGAUCGGAAUGAAUCAUUUGACGUCCUUCGGUAUGCCAAAGUACCGCCGGUCCCCCUGACGGAAUGUGCCCCAAGAGUUCAAUCCCUGAUCACAGCGGUCCGCCUGGACGACAGUCACGUUUGUGCCGGAGGAGUCAACGAGGUGGACAACUGUGCGGGAGAUUCCGGUGGACCUCUGCAGUAUAUAUCAAAUACGACGUCCAAGUACAUUCAGUAUGGGAUUGUCUCGUUUGGGACAAAGAAAUGCGGGAUUUUGAGUGAACCCGGAGUGUAUACGAAGGUUGAGCACUUCAUUAGCUGGAUUUUCAGCAUAGUCAAAGAAUAGAUAACGACCAUGGCAAAGAUUCUGAACAUAACGAUAAUAUUCAAAAAGUUAAAAGCUGGCCAAUAUAUCUGUGAUAGUGGGCCUUUGCCUUCUCAUUGAAUUUCAAUUGAACACGUAAGAGAUUAGAGGCAGAACGGAAUGAGAGAUCUACAUGUUUUCAAAACUAUGUGUAACAAGUAGAUGACUUUUUUAUUGCUUUGGAUUCAUUAUUAGAAAAGUACAGAAAACGGCAAACAACUUGAACUACUCUUCAACAAUAAAAAAUAUGUAAGUGUUCUUUUGAUUAUUUAUUCAA